GCGUCGGGCUGGGGAACGGAAGCGGGAGUUGGGGGGCGUGUUUGUCAGAGGACGCGUCGUCUCCCCUGUGUGCCCUAUUCUGUUUGUUUCUCCGCGAUGUUUCCGAGGGUCUCGGCUCUCCUCCCUCUUCGCCCGCUUUCCCGCCUCCCUUUGUGCUCCGGAGGCCCAGAGGUAUCGGCGGCCGCCGUCGUGCUACUCGCUUCUCCGCGUGGGACUGUCAGGACAAAAAAUAAUAUCCAAAGAUAUUUUGGCACUAACGGCGUGAUCUGUAGCAAAAAAGAUGAGCAUUCUGUUCCAACCCGUGAGAUUUCCAAGGAGACAGAGAGCCAACACAGUGUAAAGGAGAAUACAAAAAAAGACUUGGUAAAUAUUCUUAAGGGAAUGAAAGUUGAAUUAAGCACAGUAAAUGUACAAACAACAAAGCCACCCAACAGAAGACAACUUAAAAGUUUGGCGGCUUCAACUGUCAGACCUCAGAAUGCUCCAGAAGAUGCCCCCCAAAAGAGAAGUGAGUCCCUGAGCCCGGAGUUGGUGGCGGCGGCCUCCGCGGUUGCAGACUCUCUCCCUUUGGACAAGCAGAUGACCAAGUCGGAGCUGCUCAGGCAGCUCCAGCAGCACGAGGAAGGCUCGAGGGCACAGAAGGAUGGAGCAAGACCUAAAAUUAGUUUCACUGACAUCAUAUCAGAUAUGAAAGUUGCCAGAUCUGCCACAGCGAGAGUUAACACAAGACCAGUGCAUCAGAUUCAGUUUGAUGAAGGGACUGAUGAUUUUGUUGGCCGAGAGAAGCCUGCUGAUCUGAGAAGAAGUUUUAGGAAAAAUAUAUUCAAGGGGAAGAGGCUUAAUAUUUUUGAGCUUAAGGCAGUUACUGAAGAGGCACCUGAAACAGAGGCAGCACCUUCUCUUUGGGAUAUAGAAUUUGCUAAGAAGUUAGCGGCAGUCAAUGAACAGCCCUUUCAGAAUGGUUUUGAAGAGAUGAUCCAGUUGACAAAAGAGGGGAAAUUGUGGGAGUUCCCAAUUAACAAUGAAGCAGGUUUUGAUGAUGAUGGUUCAGAAUUUCAUGAACAUAUAUUUCUGGAUAAAUACCUGGAGGAUUUUCCAAAACAAGGACCAAUUCGUCACUUCAUGGAGUUGGUGACCUGUGGCCUUUCCAAAAACCCAUAUCUGAGUGUUAAACAGAAAGUUGAACAUAUAGAGUGGUUUAGGAAUUAUUUUAAUGAAAAACGGGACAUUCUAAAAGAAAGUGGCAUACAGUUCAAUUGAAGAUCAUGGAAAUUUUUACUUCAAGCUGUUGGAGAUUCAUAUUAUAAUUAAAUAAUUUUACUAGAC